AAACAAACAUCUCACCACUAGCAACCAUCAACAUUUGAAAAUCCGUGCCAACCAAUCACCACAACAAAACCAACCCCUCUCUACCUAGGGCUCUCUAGAUUCUAUCAUGAUGUCCAUGCACCAGCGCUCAUUAUCAGCCGCCGGUGGGCGCGAAAAGACGCCGUUUGAGCAACAGAGGGAGGCGCUCAUCGGCGAGAUUGCCAUGAGCUUCGAACAGGUCCUCGCGAACAUGAACAAGCUAAACAGAUCACUCGAGGCUGUUAUCACGGUUGGGAAUGAGUUUUCCUCAGUGGAGGCUCUGUGGUCACAAUUUGAAAACGUCAUGGCCAAGGAUCCGGACGAGGGCAAGAUUGAAGGCGAGGGCAGCGAUGGCGACGGCGAGCAGCAGCGAGACGAAGAGAAUAGAUGAAGGGACCGGAUCACUAGGAACAAGUUUGAUAUUCUGAUGAAUGUUUUAUGAUACCCUAUGCCCAAGUAUACUACUCCAUGGCUUUGAGAGCAGUUAAUAAUUCCAUGGAGUGCGCUAUUUGUCACUGAUAUUAUUACAUUUGCUGGCAUACGGUAUGGUGUUCUUGAAGGUUUAAAAAUG